AUGCGAUACAUGGAUGAUGAGAGUCUGGAGCACGGUCAGACGUUGGUCGACUGCGUUUACGAAUUGCUAAGUGUAUGCGAACAGAGUGUACAGAUGUGUGAUGAAGUGUAUUGUCAGAUUGUUAAACAAGUCACCAACAACAGAAGUUCCAGGACAAAUAGCGCAUCUCGGGGUUGGCGACUGCUUUCAAUACUUUGUGCUUACUUUGACUGCUCCAUAGUAUUCAAACCUUAUUUGUUUAAAUUUAUUGCCGACACUGCUGAUGACCCGAAAAAGUCAUUUCAUUGUAUUGCAUCGAUAUGCCUUACGAAUUUAAAUAAAACAUUCAGAUAUGGCGGACGAAAAUUUUUGCCAAGUGGAACAGAAAUUGAAGCAAUUACUAGUGGUAGAAUUUCACGACAAAUUAUGUACCGUCUGCCUGGUGAUCGUAACCAAGUGAUUAAAACCGAUACCGUCACAGUUUCUGAAGAAAUUAUACAGGAGAUGUGUCAGGAAUUAGGCGUAGUUAGUGUUGCAGAACAACGAGAAUUUUGUUUAUGCAUUGUUCUGUCUAAUGAAGAUUUGGUGAAAAUGAUUUCAUAUGAUGAAUAUAUUCUUGAUAUUUGUACCGAACUGGAAACGAGUAAUCGAGAAUACUAUUUCCUGCUGAGAAGAACAGUUUGGAUACAUCCACUCCGAUUUGAGAACCGCCUGUUUAUUGAAUUUAUGUAUUUUCAAAUUACAGCAGAUUACAUGGAAUUUUACCUAACAGGUGUGGAGCCUAGUGAUAUUGACCAAUCGCUUCUAGAUGACAUUGCGAAUCUUGGUGCCUAUCUUCAAAUAUCUGACUUAGGAUCUAUUGUUGCUGUAGAGCAGGAUGAUGUGCAUCAUUUAGUUCCAAGAUCAAUUUUUGACCUUAUGUAUGCUGAACAUUGGAUGGAGGAAAUAAACUUAAAAUUAGGCUUCAUCGACCGACAAAUCUCUGCAAUUACAGCUAAGGCUAAAUUCUUAGAAUUACUGGAGAACACGCCUUUGUUCGGUGGUCAGUUUAUCAGCCUAUUUGAUGCUGUCGAUGGUGAAUUGCAUACCGGAAAUUGUUUACUCGUAAUCAACAGAUGUGGGGUCAAAUUUUUAAAUGUUACAGUUCAGCAAGUUCCAGAUAUAUCAUUAGAUGAGAUUUUAACCACCAAGAAAUACACCACUUCACAAGGUUCAUUCUUAUGUGUGGAAAUUGGUACACCAACACAGAAACGUAUUGUGACACUCCAAACAGACAAGGUAACAGUAAUCUCAAAGUUGUUCGCUCAAUAUACCUAUGUUGAUAGUAAAAAUCGCGGUAAUAUUGAUGGCAGUAAUUCACAAAUAUAUUAA